UGCCAGGCUAGACCGUACGUCAGACAGUCUGCCGCUGCCAGACGCUAGAGAAGUGUAGCCGCAGUGAGUGAGCCAGUGAUGGCUACGUCUCGGGGAGUGAUAAUAGUGAGCAAAUGUGAGAGAUUAAAAAGCUCGUCGGUGCAAAGAUGCGCGUGCACUAUCCUUCACAGACAAUACAGCCAGAGCGCUAGAAAGACUCCAAACUUUGGCUUAUUAUUUGACAUUGAUGGCGUGAUAGUAAGGGGGAGACGUGUGCUGCCAACGGCCAGGGAGGCAUUCAAUCACCUUGUAGAUGAAUCCGGAAACUUCAGAGUGCCAACUGUGUUCGUCACAAAUGCUGGAAAUGCCUUGCGCUCAGGGAAGGCUGAACAACUAUCAGAAUGGUUGGGGGUUAAUGUUCAUGAAGACCAGGUGGUUAUGGCCCAUUCCCCCUUAAAGAUGUUUGAUCAGUAUUUUAACAAGCAGUUGUUAAUAUCUGGUCAGGGGCCAACUCAAGAAAUAGCUCAUAACUUAGGUUUUGUAAAUACAACAACAGUAGAUGAACUACGCCAAGCAUAUCCCCAGCUGGACUGUGUGGAUCACGAGAGACGAAAAACUAAGGCAGUUGCGCCUACUUCAAGAAUACCAAAAUUAGAAGCUGUAAUGCUUUUUGGUGAACCUGUGAGGUGGGAAACAUCAUUACAACUCAUAAUAGAUGUACUAAUGACAGGGGGAGAUCUUUCAAGUGCACCUACAGCUCCAUACCCCCACUUGCCAAUUUUAGCUUGUAACAUGGAUUUGCAGUGGAUGGCUGAGGCACAUAUGCCAAGAUUUGGUCAUGGUGCUUUCCUCUUGUGUUUGGAGGCUCUUUACAAGAAGGUCACGGGUAACGAUCUCAUAUACACUGCCCUUGUUGGGAAACCUUCUGAGAUAACUUACUACCACGCAGAGACUAUGGUACAGCACCAUGCAAGAUCUAUAGGCAUAAGCCAUCCUAUAACUAAACUUUAUGCAGUAGGAGACAACAUUCACACAGACAUAUUUGGGAUGAACUUAUAUCAGGAAUAUGUGAGACGACACAGAGGAAGUAAGAAGAGAGUCACAAUGCAGGGAGCACGUGGUUUAGAUCUUUCUACUCAAGACUUCAAAGGCCUUACUGCUGAUCAGUGCUAUUCAGUUUUAGUCAAGACUGGCGUAUACAAUGGAGAGGAAUUGUUGGACCACUCGCCACGAGAUUUCUUACCUGUAGAGGCCAAGCUUCAAGAGCCUUCUUUGUCAGUCAAAUGCGUUUUAGAAGCCAUCAAUACUAUUUUUAAGCUAGAGAAUUUCCUUUAGGCAAUCAGAUAUAUGUAUACAUAAAUAUAAUUUAUUUCCAUUACAUAUCUUUAGUUACAGAACUGAUUUGUAUUACUUGCAUUGUUCAAGUGCGAUUUUAAAUACUGUACUUGUAAAGGAGACAAUUCUAGUGUUUUUAGCAGGAACACUUGAAUACCUCAUUUGUUAACUGCAGAUAUAGACUCAGAGGAUUUAAUUUUUAGUUAUGACUCCUGUAAUGUUUCAAAGUCACUUGACUGACUAACGUUAAGGAGUAUUGUAGAGAAAAUAAAAAUUAUUUUACUUGGCCACGGUGAAACAGGUGAUAGCUCUUAUUAAAUCUUGAAUGUUCACAUUUUUUAAUCUUUUCUUUGAAAUGGGUUUCCAAAAAACAAUAGCUUUUCUCUUUUAUAUGAAACUAUAUAACCAAGGUUAUUAAAUCAGUUUUAAUGGAUUGUUUGUGUUAAGUUAUAAAAAUUACAAAAUUAAUUAUUUUCUAAUGUAAAGGGUAAGCUCAGUACCUGUAAUAUUUAUUACAAAGUAAAUAAUGGAAAAUGUAGUUAACACCUAACUCCAGUA